UCUCAUUUCCCAAGUUGUGGUUGUUAUGAAUCUGGUCUUAUUUGGAUUUUGGGGAAGACAGAUACAGAAAAAGAAUGGCAUCCGUUUUCCUCUCCUGCAAUGCACGUCCUACUCAUUCUACCAAACUAGGGUUUCAUCAAAUUCCCUGCUCCUCAGCUGAUUCUUCCUCACGCAAUCUCCACUUAUCUUCAAUUUUCAGGUUCAAAAAUGGUGCAAAAUUGAUGACAAAAAGAAAGUUGCCUUUGCUGCAUGCAUCAAACAAGUCUUCAGAAGAACCCAUUGGGAAGACAGAAGCAAUUACAAGUAGUGACACUGGAAAUGCCCAAGGACCUCCUUUUCUUACUAUUUUGGCUGGGAUUGUCGUUUUUGCCCUCCUGCUUUGGGUCGUAGGAUCCCUUGUGUCGUGGGUUUUUGGUCUUUUCGGUUUGAUUUUCUCAAAAUAAAUAACGUUUCAUUUUAUUCCCAUCUGUAAUGCAAUUAAAAGUUAAACUCGGAUUGUGUUUUAGCUUCUCUAGUUUGUAAUUUGACCUAUUGUUGCAAGUUGUUAUGAAGACUUUUAGUUUCACAAA